AUGUCCUACUAUGACAUAGAUUCCAUCCUAACAGACGCCCAAAAAGUCCCAUGCACCUUCGAACUCGACGUCCCCUCCCUAGGCUACCUCGACAACAACCCAGGCCACACGCUCAAGUCCUCUACACGCGUCGACCUCCCUCUCUGGCUCGCAGAAAUGCUCGCCGUAUCCGGCGCCUCCUCCAAAACCCUCGUAACGCUCGAUCUCCCGCCCUCGCUCGCCCCGCGCGUCAUGAACGCUUUGAAAGCCGAUCCGAAAUCCGUCGAUAUACGUGCGUUGGCACAGCACUUUUAUGGGCUUGGGGCGAGGAUUCUGGAGUUGUUUGAGGAGGAGGAGGUGUGUGAUGUUUUGAUGGAGAGUUGGCGGGUGAGGGCUGCUGAGAUUAGUGAUCAUGCUAGUAAUGCUGGACAGGGACAGAGAGGCGGUGGAGGUGUUGGCGCUGGGGAUGGAGUGGAGUUUUUGAGGGGGUUGGAUGAGGGGGAACGAGGAUUGUUUAGGGCUCAGCAUGAUAGCUCGAAGGCGAUGAGGGUUUGGAUGGGGGAGGUUAAGAAGGGCUGA